AUGGCAGUUUCGAUGAGAGAUUUAGAUCCAGCUUUUCAAGGAGCUGGACAGAAAGCCGGGAUUGAGGUUUGGCGUAUCGAAAGCUUCCGCCCUGUCCUUGCUCCAAAAUCUUCUCAUGGGAAGUUUUUCACUGGAGAUUCUUACAUAGUAUUAAAGACAACCGCGCUAAAAACUGGUGCCUUGCGCCAUGAUAUACACUACUGGCUUGGUAAAGAUACUUCUCAGGAUGAAGCGGGAACUGCAGCUGUUAAGACAGUUGAAUUAGACGCUGCUCUUGGAGGUCACGCAGUUCAGUAUCGAGAAAUUCAAGGCAAUGAAACCGAGAAAUUCCUGUCGUAUUUUAAACCAUGUAUCAUACCUCAAGAAGGUAGAGUUGCAUCAGGAUUUAAUCAUGUUGAAGCUGAGGAACAUAAGACAUGUUUGUUCGCUUGCAGAGGAAAACAUGUUGUCCAUGUGAAAGAGGUUCCGGUUGCUAGGACUUAUUUAAACCACGACGACAUUUUUAUUCUCGACACAAAGUCCAAGAUUUUCCAAUUUAAUGGCUCAAAUGCUAUAAUCCAAGAGAGAGCAAAGGCAUUAGAAGUUGUGCAGUACAUCAAAGAUACUUACCAUGAUGGGAAAUGUGAAGUUGCUACUGUUGAAGAUGGGAGGCUUAUGGCUGAUGCUGAAAGUGGAGAAUUUUGGGGUUUCUUUGGUGGAUUCGCUCCGCUUCCUAGAAAAACUGUUUGUGAUGAGGAGAAGACUAACCAUUCUGAUAUCGCAAAACUCUUUUGUGUUGAGAAAGGACAGGCAAAUCAAGUUAAAGGUGAUGAAUUGAAACAGGAGAUGUUCGAUUCGUAUCACUGUUACAUUCUUGAUUGUGGAUUUGAAGUAUUUGUUUGGAUGGGAAGAAACACUUCACUUGAUAACAGAAAAAGUGCAAGUAGAGCUGCAGAAGAAAUGAUUCGUUUAUCCGAAAGGUCCAAGUCGCAGAUUAUCCGCGUAAUAGAAGGGUUUGAAACUGUAGCAUUCCGAUCAAAGUUUGAAUCUUGGACUCAAAAAACUAAUUCAACUUUGUCCAACAAUGGUAGAGGCAGAGUUGCUGCACUAUUGCAACGACAAGGAGUAAAUGUGAGCGGCCUCCUUAAAGCUUCUCCUCCUAAAGAAGAGCCACAAGCUCACAUCGAUUGCAGAGGAAAUCUGCAGGUUUGGCGGGUGGACGGUCAGGAGAAGAUUCUCCUUGAAGCUGCUGAUCAGUCAAAGUUCUACAGUGGAGACUGUUACAUAUUCCAUUAUUCUUAUCCCGGGGAAUACAAAGAGGAGGUUCUUAUAGGGACGUGGUGCGGGGCGCAAAGCGUGGAGGAAGAAAGAUCUUCUGCUGUCUACAUGGCAAUCAAAAUGGUUGAAGCAAUGAAAUUUGUGCCAGCUCAAGCUCGCAUCUACCAAGGAAAAGAACCUAUUCAAUUCUUUGUGAUAAUGCAAAGCUUUAUUGUUUUCAAGGGUGGUCUUAGCAAUGGAUACAAAAAACACAUAGCAGAGAAAGAAAUUCAAGAUGAUACAUACAACGAGAAUGGUUUGGCUCUGUUUCGGAUUCAAGGGUUUGGUCCAGAGAAUAUGCAAGCAAUACAAGUUGACCCGGUUGCUUCAUCCUUGAACUCCUCAUACUGGUAUAUACUACAUAACGGAUCAUCGGUGUUCACUUGGUCUGGGAAUCUAGCAGCCUCAUUUGACCAGGAACUUGUAGAAAGGCAGCUAGAUGUUAUCAAGCCAAAUCUACAGACAAGAGCACAAAGGGAAGGCUCAGAAUCUGAACAAUUCUGGGAGCUUUUAGGAGGAAAAUCAGACUAUCCGAGCCAAAAGCCUACAAGCGAACCCGAGAAUGACCCUCAUUUGUUCGCUUGCGCUUUCACGAAAGGAAAUCUGAAGGUGACGGAGAUAUAUAACUUCACACAAGAUGAUUUGAUGACUGAAGAUAUAUUUGUCAUAGAUUGCCACUCAGAGAUUUUUGUGUGGGUUGGUCAAGAAGUUCAACCUUACAACAAGUUGCAAGCUUUAUUCAUUGGAGAGAAAUUUAUCGAACAAGAUUUUCUCUUGGAAAACUUAUCCAAUGAGGCACCAAUAUAUGUUAUCAUGGAAGGUAAUGAGCCGCUUUUCUUCACUCGGUUCUUCGCUUCGUGGGAUUCAUCGAAAGCUUAUUUGCAUGGAAACUCGUUUGAAAGGAAACUCAAAAUUGUCAAAAAUGGGAGCACUCCAGUUGUAAAUAAGCCGAGACGAAGAUCCCCAGCUUCAUAUGGAGGACGUACAAGUGUUCCUGAAAAAUCGCACCAGCGGUCAAAAAGCAUGUCUUUUAGUCCAGAAAGGGUCCGUGUAAGAGGCCGAUCUCCAGCGUUUAAUGCGUUGGCUGCUGCUUUCGAAAACCCGAGUGCUAGAAAUCUCUCAACUCCUCCCUCACUUAUGAGAAAGACUUACCCAAGAUCUCUUACUCCUCCUGAUGCCGCUAAGUUGGCUCCUAAGUCUUCAGCUAUAGCUUUACCCAGCGCUAUUUUUGAACAAGUAAAGCCGCAGCCACGAGAACCUUUAAUUCCAAGUUCAAUCAAAGUGAGCCGGAAGACAGCCAAGUCUCCAUUUCCAAAAUCCAACAUAAAGGACAAUGUAAUAGAGAAGCAAAACUCAAUGAGCAUCCAGAUAGCAUCUUUGACGAUUCAUGAAGAUACUAAAGAAGGAGUCGAGGACGAGGAAAGCUUCCCGAUAUAUCCUUACGAACGCCUCAAGACAACUUCGAUGGACCCCAUUGCUGACAUUGAUGUAACAAGGAGAGAGACUUACCUUUCAGCAAAAGAGUUCAAGGAGAAAUUCGGGAUGUCGAAAGAAGCUUUCUACGAAUUGCCUAAGUGGAAACAGAACAAGUUCAAAAUGGCUGCUGAACUCUUCUGA